GAACAUCAGCAACCAGGAACAUAUAUAAUGUAUGAACAUGCGGUCAGUGAAAGACAUAUGCAAGUACAAAUAAAAUUGACUCGAUGCGGCAGUACUGUAUUUUGUAUAUGUGGCCUGGCUGUGCGUGCUGGUGGUGAUAUAUUUAUGAUACACUUGUGUAGCGGAAGAUCCAUUGUACGAUAUGCAUCAUGUUUCGAUAAAAUCCUUCUUGUUAAACGUACCAAACGAAACACAAAACGAUAUAAGAUAAAGUUUCCAACUGGAACUGAAAUAUUCACUGAUAUUUUUUAUGGUACAACAAUGAACGUAGACAUUAAAGCAUCAGGUGACGACGAAGGGCAAUCGCAGGGUCUGUGUGGUAGAAUGUCAGGAAAUAUGGCGCAGAAUUUGCUGAUACGAGAAACUUUUAAAACAUGUCACACAAGUGGUUACCACAGGCAGAAAUAUCCUAUAUUCUCCAAUUCAUGGAAGGUUAAAAACAAUGAAAAUCUAUUUCAUUUGCAUAAAGACCAAGAUGUUGAAAGAUGGAAAGAUGUGAAUUUUACUCCUCAUGAAAUCAAAAUAAACGAUUGUAACGAUGAUAGAAAUUUUGAUAUAGUAACUGGCAGUAGUACUUGUUCGACCAAAUAUACACCGAUAAAACCAAUCAGCUAUGUUCAAACUCAUUGUUCCAACUUUCUUAGUAAAGUUUCUGAACCUGACAUUCAACAUUUUGAUUAA